UUUGCUUGUAUCACGUGAUCGGUAAUUUACAGAGGCCGAUGAGCCGAAGCAGGAUAUUGGACCACCGUGACCAUCAUGACACGUUUACAAACGUCAACAUUGAGAUGAUCGAGAGGGUAAGUUUAUGUUUGGUAAGAUAGCCUGUGAUACCUAAGAAGAGGUCCAAAAUAAUUCAGUGACUAAGGAAUCCACAAUGACUAAAGAAUUAAUAAUGACUGAGGAAAAGCCAAGGCGUUGUUCUGGAUUGUUCAGCAUCCGCACUUGCAUUUACAUACUCGCAGGGCUAUCCAUUAUUGUUCUGAUUAACAUGCUCAAUGCUAACAAUCAUUUGACAUCACUGAUCCUGCUUUCCAAGCAACUUAGAGAUGGUUUCAAACAGUUUGUAAACUACAAUAGUAGUUCUGAUAUGCAACAUGAUGGUCAGAGCAAUUCUUAUAUAAUUACAGCAAUGCAAUCUGGAUCAGGCAGCACCAUUUCAGGAUUAACCCCAGGCAAAAGGGUUACAUCCCAGAAAACAAUUAAGACUCAAAAAACCACUAUCAAACCAACAACUUUAAAAGUAACUACAAAAUCUAAGCCAGCACAGCCAACCCCACGACCUGAUGAUUGUAAAUUCUGCUUUGAACACAACUUCAAAUACAUCAUAGAUAAUGAACAUAUAUGUGACUCUGGAGAAGGCAAGAGUAAUGUGGAUAUAAUUGUCCUUAUUCUGACCGUGCAUGCUAACAGAGAAGCAAGAGACACUCUCCGUCAAACCUGGCUAACUCCAACCAAAAACAACACAUCUGACAUUAGAUACGCAUUCCUACUAGGCAACACAAAAGAUCAAAAUCUCCAGAAAAAAGUGGAAGCUGAAAACGCAAUUUUCCAUGAUAUCCUCCAAGAGGACUUUGUUGAUGCAUAUAUGAAUCUGACAUACAAGACCAUAAUGGCUUUCAAGUGGGCAAGCACUAAGUGUAAACAGGCAAAGUUUGUAAUGAAGACAGAUGAUGAUAUGUAUGUCAAUUUAGAAGGAGUGAAACACGUGGUAUCUGUUCACGGGAAUAGCCUUCAGACUGCUGUGGGAGGAGCUUGUCAUAUGUCUGCUGGACCAAUCAGAGACAGCAAAAAUUCUAAAUGGUAUGCAUCAAAGUUAAGUUAUCCAAGGAAUACUUAUCCAGGUUUUUGCUCUGGGACAGGCUAUGUUACAAGUAUGAAUGUGGCUACAAAGAUUUAUGAAACUUCAAAGAAUGUUCCUUUCUUUCACUUGGAAGAUGUUUAUGUUGCUCUGUGUAUCAAGAAACUGGGUUACAAACUGAAACCUAUUGCAGGAUUUAACUCUGGCCGUACACCACCGGGUUGUGCAUACAAGACAAAGAACGUUGUGACAUCGCAUUACAUGGGUUUGCCAUUGAUCAGAAAGAUGUGGAACUUGAAAUGUUAAAAUGUGAUUGUUAGCAAAUCUAUAAAUCCUUGUUUGUCUUGCUUGUGAGACAGAAGACAGCAUUGAGAAAAAAGAUCUUUAGAAAUCCGCUGAUACAUUUUAAGAAAUCCUUACUGAUAUAAAUAACAUGAUUGAAAUUCCAAAACAACCCUUUACAACCAUUUUGUUUUAUUUUUUUUAAAUGUGCACUUGUUUGAUAUUGCUUUCUGACCACCUUCAUUUGAAAUCCACAUUUUUAUUGUAAUUAUCCACAAUUUGUGUACCCUGUGUUUUAGACAUUGUAGUUUUUCUUUAUAUUCAUUUCAUACUUUUUUGUGAUUUUACAUAAUAGACAUAAUAAAACAUACCCUUUUCCACAUCACAUCCUGUAUCAGCUCUUGACGAAUAUAUAUCAGUCCUUGGGCCUUUGGCCCCCUAGCUGAUAUUGGCAUUUCAGGCUGAUACAGGAUGUUAUAUGGGUGUGUAUUAUCGUCUAUUUAUAUAUGUGUAUAUUCUGUAAUCAAUGUUUUACUUUGAUUUUUUUAAUUUGCAAUCCUGACACAAAUCACUUUUUAUUGUUAAAAACAAAAUGGUGAUGUUAAUUUUGUAAUACUUCAUACAGUAUACACAUGCAAUGACUUUCAAUACAAUUUUCUUUCCAAUCUGAUUAAUUUAGGAUAAAAAAUGCAUUCUUUUUCUUUUAUUUUUUAUCUUUUUUUAGUAUGUUUACAACAAAUACUGAAUUUUUAAACAAUACUGAAAUCAGUACAGUGUAGUUUUGAAAAGGUGUGAAUUUUUUAAUUCUUAAAGGAUUAAAUUUACCAUAGCAG